AUGUUUGGCCGGCGACUGAUGCUGUGCAGUUUUUGGAAUUCACGAUCACGACUUCUGCGCAUUUCUGUCUGUCUGACAUUGCUCAAUAUCAGCCUAAGCAUAUUCCGGGAUUUUCUGGAUGAGCCAACAGAAGCAAAAUUUAAAACGGAUAGUAGAAAUGGAGGUGAUUUUGAUGAAGACAUGGACUACGUGUUGGAAACAAUACAAUAUAUGCAUGAUCUCAAGAUUGGAAAAGCUGAAAUUCGGCCGGUAGUGGAAGAGGUACUCGCUAUGUCUUUUCGAUCAGUGCCACAGAAUCAGAAAAUAUUUUGCAAUCUCUACGAUAUGGAUCGAGAACGAUAUUGUGUGGUUGAGGGAACCAUCCGUGAAAUUUGGCAGAGAGCGUGGGAUCCACGAGAACUCUUUUAUAUCCCGAAUUUGAUCAGCUGCCCUGUUCCUGAAUAUUUCGAACACAGCACACACUUGACGGUUGCCUUGAGUAAAACAGCAUGUGCAAGCCAAAAAGCAACCGCGCAAGUCCGGAAGACGGCACCGGCAAGACAAAAGCAAGGGAUUGCUAAACGUCGCCACGAGCUCAUUCCGUACAAUGAUUGCCUCUACAGGCAUAUUGACACCCACAAGUAUGUAUUAAUUUUGGAUGUCGAUGAAGUGAUUGUACCCUUGAAGCAUGAUAAUUGGAGUGCCAUGUUAGAAGAAGUAAUUGCUACUGCAAAAAGUAGCACGGACUCGAAGCUAGCUGAAAUUACAUCAGUAUCCAUUCGCAAUGUAUUCAAAUUUCCAUCAAACAACUCGAUAAAUCACAGUGUCCCGGAUUAUGUGUACAUGCUACGUAACAGGCGCAAAUCAGAAACAAUUAGCGAACCAGGGGAAUAUGGCAAGGCUACAGAUACAGUUUCGACGGUAUUCAAUCAUUUUGCUCUGCACCGUCAGCACGGCAAUGUGAGGAAGACGUUAUACGUGAAUCCGGAUGUGGCGCUGAAGCUGCACUACAAGGAGAAGUGUCCAAUUGAAUCCGGGAGACAGUGCGAGCAGCUUGAGCGUGUCACGGUGGAUGACACGUCAAUGGAUAAAUACGCCGAAGAACUCACACAACGGGUCACUCGUGUGCUCAAAAUUUUGAAAUUCAUUAAUUAG